AUGGUGGAAACAACCACUGGAUGGCUGGAAACAUAUCCUGUGCCUCAUGUCACUGCCUGUAACACUAUCCUGGACCCUGAAAAGCAAGUUUUAUGGAGGCAUGGUACUCCAAAAAGAAUUGAGUCAGACAAUGGUACUGAUUUCAAAAACAGUCUCAUAGAUCCCUGGGCCAAAGAACAUAGUAUUGAAUGGAUAUAUCAUAUUCCCUGUCAUGCACCAGCCUCAAGAAAGAUUGAGCAAUAUAACAGACUGUUGAAAACUACCCUGAAAGCAAUGGAGGGUGGCACAUUUGAAAACUGGGAUAAGCUUUUGGCAGAAGCGACCUGUUUUGGUGACCCAGAUGGGACCUCGCGGGCAUCGCUGAGGCGGCUCGCACAUCGAUCUCACUCCAGCCGGCAUCGAGUGAUUCUUGGGGAGCCAUCAACCGCGACCGACCUCCGCUGCCCCCAACGGACCAGGGAUAUUGUGGCUCUGUCGGCCCCACCAGCCCCCAGAGAUACUGGGGUAAGAGACGAUGGGGAGGAUGAGGUAGAAAUAGAUAGAAAAUAUGGGUGCGAAGAGGAACAGGAGUAUCCCACUACCCCAAUAUCCCACCGAACACGGCAACAGGAUAUUCAAGUUAGACAGCAGACAUCCAGUGCAAUAUUAGCACCGCUUCGGCAAGGGGUUGGGGCAGAAGGACCCGUAUAUGUUAAAGUACCUUUCACUCCAGGAAAUCUGGUACUCUGGAAACAAUCUGCUGGAACUUAUCAGGAGAACCCGAGUAAAGUGGCACGAGUUGUAAAGAUUCUGAAAACUCAGAAUCCUGAUUGGGAUGAUAUACAGGUGUUACUGGACACCCUAAUGGACUCUACAGAGAAGGAAAUGGUGUUGAGAACUGCGCGCGAGCGAGUUAGAGAAGACAUUAGGCAGGGGAUAGUCACAGGGACAAUUGAUCAGAAUUUUCCGACUGAAGAUCCCAUGUGGGAUUAUAAUACUGCAAGAGGAAUGGGAAAUCUGAGGAGAUACCAGGAGUGGAUAGUUGUUGGAAUAGGGAAAAGGACAACUACAAUAGUGGGAGCCACAGGGAAAGAGGAAACCCGGCCAUUCAUGCAACCCCUGGAACUACGAUUCGGAGGAAAGGAAAUAUGGCAUGAAUUCUUAUAUAUGCCUGAUUGUCCAAUCUCCCUGUUGGGACAGGAUUUAUUAUCUAAAUUAAAUGCAAGAAUUGUCUUUGAGGAUGGGGAAUUAAUUAUGCAAGUUCCAGAAUCAAAGUCAGGACAGAUACUAGUGUUGAAGGAAAAUCCAAAAAUCCAAGUACCCAGAGAGGUAGAAGAGGCAGUGAUCCCUACAGUAUGGGAAACUGAUAUACCAGGGAAAUCGAAAAUGGCUCAACCGGUAGUAGUAGAAUUGAAGGAAGGAAUGAAACCAGUACAGAUAAAACAAUAUCCCAUAAAAUUAGAGGCCCGAUAUGGAAUAGUGAAAACUAUUGAAAAGUUCUUAAAGUUUGGAAUAUUAGAAGAAUGUGAAUCAGAAUAUAAUACCCCAAUUUUUCCAGUAAAGAAACCAAAUGGAGAAUAUAGAUUGGUACAGGAUUUAAGGGCUAUUAAUGAAAUCACAAAAGAUAUACAUCCGGUAGUAGCUAACCCAUACACAUUGUUAACAUCUGUGAAGGAGAAAUACAAAUGGUUUACAGUAAUUGAUUUAAAAGAUGCCUUGUUCUGUAUUCCCCUUGACAAAGACAGUAGGAAAUUCUUCGCUUUUGAAUGGGAGAACCCACACAAUGGACGAAAAAUGCAGUUGACAUGGACAAGGCUUCCACAGGGAUUCAAGAACAGUCCAACAGGACAACACCGACUAGGAAUGGAUCGUAUUAGAGCAAUCUGUGUGAUUCCAGAGCCUCAAAACUUACAUGAAUUAAGGACAUUUUUGGGAAUGGCAGGCUGGUGUAGGUUGUGGAUAUUGGAUUAUGGGCUCAUAGCAAAACCUCUAUAUGAGGCACAGAAGUCACCAACUUUCAUCUGGGAAGGACCCCAGAGGGAGGCAUUUAAAAAAUUAAAAGAAGCCCUGACUAAGGCACCAGCAUUAGGCCUGCCGGAUUUGACUAAAGACUUCCAGUUGUUUGUCCAUGAAAGGCAACGGCUGGCACUAGGGGUCUUAACGCAGAAGUUGGGAAGCUGGAAACGACCAGUAGGAUACUUUUCUAAACAGCUAGACCCUGUGAGUGCUGGCUGGCCAUCAUGUUUGAGAGCGGUAGCAGCAAUGGUGAUUUUGAUACAAGAAGCCAGAAAAUUGACUUUGGGAAAGCGUAUUGAGGUAUAUGUACCUCAUAUGGUGUUAACUGUCUUAGAACAAAAAGGGGGGCAUUGGCUUUCCCCUAGCAGGAUGAUGAAAUUCCAGGCGGUACUGACCAAACAAGAUGAUGUAAGCUUAAAAACAACUAAUCUGUUAAAUCCAGCAGCCUUCUUAGGAGCACCUGUGGAAGACAGCCCUUUGGAACAUGAUUGUGUGGAAGUUAUCGAACACACUCAUGCAACAAGGGCUGAUUUGAAGGACACCCCACUUGAACAGCCUGAUCAAGAACUUUUUACAGAUGGAAGUAGUUAUGUAGAAAACGGGACACGAUAUGCCGGGUAUGCGGUAACCACACAAAACAGGGUAAUAAAAGCAGAGGCUCUUCCUGUAGGAACUUCAGCACAGCGAGCAGAAAUAAUAGCUCUCACGAGAGCCUUGGAAUUGAGCAGGGAUCAACGAGUAAAUAUAUGGACGGACUCAAAAUAUGCAUUUGGAGUGGUUCAUAUACAUGGAGCACUAUGGAAAGAAUGAGGACUCUUAUCUUUGCAAGGUACGAAUAUAAAAUACCAAAAAGAAAUUCUGAAUUUGAUAACUGCUGUACAGUUACCCAAACAGGUGGCGAUCAUGAAGUCAAAGUACUCGGAGGAAGACGAGAAAUUAGCUAGACUAAUGAAGGCCCAAUUGGGUUCAGAUGGAUGGUACCUAACUGCAACUGGACAAGUGAUUGUACCAUCUACCAUCAUGCUGACAGUUUUACAGACAGAACAUCAGAAAUGUCACUGGGGAGCAGAAGCUUUAGUGGCAACUCUGAGGCGGCUACGAAGUGCCCUGAUCUGGAACCGUCCAUUAUCAUUAGAAAAUCCAGUACACGAAAUUGAGCCAGGAGACCAGGUCUACAUUCGAGAUUGGAAUGAAGAACCACUGAAGGAACAGUGGAAUGGACCGUACUUGGUGCUACUAACAACAUUUACUGCAGUAAAAGUAGAAGGAAUAGACUCUUGGAUUCGUUAUACUCGAGUGAAAAAGGUUCCUAGAAAUUGGAAAGUAGAAGCUCUUGGACCAACAAAACUGAGGCUGAAAAGCAGAUAA